AUGUCUACUUCCAUUAAUGUUGUGAAGAUUCUGGAUGUAAUUAUUUCCGCGUGCCGCUGCAUCCCCGCAUUCAGUGCUUAUGUCAUUGCCACCAUAUCCAAGAGAAAGGCUGAAGGGGAUGCUAAAGGAGACAAAGCUAAGGUGAAGGAUGAGCCACAGAGAAGAUAUACAAGGUUGUCUGCUAAAUCUGCUCCUCCAAAGCCAGAGCCCAAGCCUAAAAAGGCCCCUGCAAAGAAGGGAGAGAGAGUACCCAAAGGGAAAAAGGGGAAAGCUGAUCCUGCCGAGGAUGGAAAUAACCCUGCAGAAAAUGGAGAUGUCAAAACAGACCAGGCACAGAAAGCUGAAAGUGCUAGAGAUGCCAAGUGA